AGAGGGAAAGCCACCCAGACUACAUCCCCGGCGACACAGGGUGUACCGCUUGCUUGACGACACAAAACACAAACCCCAGGACAAAAUGGAGCUCAUCCUCACUCAGACGGUGCCCAAGCUUGGUGGACGAGGUGCGACAGUUUUUGUGAAAAAAUCAGUGGGCCGCAACAAACUGCUACCCCAAGGUCUGGCUGUCUAUCCAUCACAAGAAAAUAAAGACAUGUUUGCAGAGGAAAUAAGGCUACUUCGGGAGGGACGACCCGAGGACAGAGUCCAGACACGCACAGGACAGCUAACUGUUGAAUUCUUGAAGAAAACUCAGCUUGAAGUUCCCGUGCACACUUCAAUUCAGUACUCGCUCACUAAAGAGAUCAUUUGCAGACAGUUUCUUAGACGGGUAAGAUAGAAAAAGGGAAGUAUAUUGGAAGCAGUAAUUUUGUCAACUCAGAAUCUUAAAAGCAUGAAAUUUAAUAACCAGAAACAAC